GCCGUCAGCAAUCUACCAUGUCCGCCAAGCUGGGCAACGAGCGCUAUCACUGCAAGAUUUCAGUAUUCGACGUGGUUUUGCCCAAAACGGGUUGCGGGUGAGAAUUUAGAGAAACGAAAGCGCGCGAUCUUAAAACCGUCUUUAUUUUUUUUUUAAUAAAACCCCCAAAUGCGUGAGUGAGACAAACCUCUGAGAAAGUGACGAUGAGACAGACAAUUGUUCAGGAAAAACUCCAGAAUACUGAUUUGUGCUACUAAAUGCUCAAUUCGCAAAAGUAGUGUUAAUCCGCGCUCCUACCGCUCAAGUCAUCCGUACAUGACUCGUGAAUAAGCUCCUUUUCAUCGCGUGUGAACCACAAGGGUUGUGCAUCCCUGAGAAAUGCUUAAGAGGAUUUUUGGGACUUUUAUUUGAGAACUUGAAGAGAUAAAUUAAAAAAAAAUAUAUUAAUUUUAAAAUAUAUUAUGAACAUUGCUGACCGGAAGGAGAGAAUUGUUCUGAAGAUGGAAAUUGGGGAAUCAUCAGUGCAUUUGCCACUUGAUUUUAGUGUCAGUGAAAAGAACCAUUUUAGCAGACAAUUGAGUAGUGAAGCCAAAUCAAUGAUGCUAACACAGCAGAAUGGUUCAACAUCAAGUGCUUUCAAAGUAGUUACGCCAAAAGGGAAAUCCGACGUUCUCAAUGGCGGAGGAAUCCCAUUACUUUUCAAUGGAAACUUCAUGAAUCCAUACAGAUUUAUGAAUCCUAUUGCACCCCGAGUUAUCGCUUCUGGGAUUACAGAUCUAACUAAUGGCAGUGAUGGACAAAAGUGCAAAGAUGAAAUAAAAUUCGGCGUGAAUCGCCUUGUGGAACGAGUUGAUUCAGAAGAUGAGGACAACAACAACAGCACGUAUCAGCAUAAAACACCACCAUCUGUUUGCGAUUCACCAUCAAACUUGAGUAUUGUGCGCGUAAAGUCACGAUCGAGGAGUCGCACCAAAUCACCAGAGGGCUCGAGGUCGAGAUCAAGUUCACCAGAAUUGGAAGUUGAUUCACCGCCACCGCCUAGAAUAGCUGAAUCACCCACAACGGAAAUCUCCAGACAGUUAGCUAAAAAGUCUGAGGCAUUUUCGGUGUCAGCCUUAUUGCGACAGGAUCAACCUAAAGCCUCGAAAUCUCCCACAACUAUUUCCAACACCUUUGAUAUGCUGAGACCAAAUUACCCCCCAAUGUACGAUCACAACAUGUUACCCCGACCCCUGUUCCACCCCUUCCCAUGGAUAGCAGCAGUGGCUCUUCAGCAGGGGCAGCAGGUUGCAAAUUCACCCUCCAACUAUCACCCAACGACAAGUGAGGACUUUGUGAGAUUUCGUAAUUUUAUGACCCAAACCGCCACGGGUGGUGCAUCCGGUAAUCAUUUAAACUUCACCCAUCCCCAUCAUGUCCAUCACCAUCAUUUCUUCAUGCGUCAGGGCAUGCCACCGCUAAUUGGGGACAUUUUCUCGUGCAUCAAGUGCGAAAAGAACUUCUCAACGGCACACGGAUUGGAAGUCCACGCCCGGAGGUCCCACAACGGGAAGCGCCCCUUUGCAUGUGAAUUGUGCAACAAAACAUUUGGGCAUGAAGUUAGUCUUAGUCAACACAGGGCUGUGCAUAAUGUAGAAAAGGUUUUCGAGUGCAAACAGUGCGGAAAAGCCUUUAAGAGAUCGAGUACCUUGUCAACACACCUCCUUAUUCACAGUGACACGAGACCAUACCCGUGCUCCUUCUGUGGCAAGAGAUUCCACCAGAAGAGUGACAUGAAGAAGCACACGUACAUCCAUACUGGUGAGAAGCCACAUAAAUGCCAAGUAUGCGGAAAAGCCUUCAGCCAGAGCUCCAACUUAAUUACCCACAGCCGGAAGCAUACGGGAUACAAGCCGUUUGCCUGUGAAUUGUGCCACAAAGCAUUCCAGCGGAAAGUCGAUUUGCGACGCCACAAGGAGACACAACACACUGAACUAAGACCACUGGUCAACUAACUAACCAACGUAUGUGUAUGGGGGGAUACCCCAAAAUAGCCCAGCACUGAUGCUCUCCUACUCCAAAGACGGUGGCACCCACAUCCCCCAACAAAGGAGUUUUCCGGGAGCAAAAGAAUCAAAUUCCAGGCAUUUUUUUUCUCUUCAAAAAUUCUAUAAAGAGAAUUUUAAUUGCUCUAUCGAGGAGAUAAAAAUACACGCAAAGUGUGAGAGGAAGUUUCAAGAGAGAAGAUUUAUCCUUCAAUGUGGUGCUAAAAGUUAAAAAAAAAGUGUAACAAACCUUCUUUCUGCGAGCCUACAAGCAAGUUUAAAUUUAGGUGAAGAAAAAGAUAAACCUAUAGAGUCAAUUUAAGUCAGUGCAAUGAUUGUGAACCAAAAAUUAAAGCUCGAGAAUUAAUUUUUAUCCCCAAAAAUCCAAAAAGAUCACCAAAAAAAGAACAAGAAAUGAAAGAGAGAUGAAUUAUAGUGUUUAAAAUGUAAAUAGAUUCUAGUAAUUGUGAAUAUUCCUUAGCCAAAAAAAAUUAUGUAUAAAUAUAAAAUGUCUUGGGGUACAGAAUAUAAAUUUGAUAGUAAUUUGAGAGAGGAUUUUUGUCGAUUAUUUGCAGAAUUUUGUUUGAAAAAUCAAGAAAAAUAAUUAAAAUCGAAUUAAUGAAUAAAAAAA